UAUUAUAAUUUAAUUAUAAUAUAAUUAUUACUUAUAAUUACAUAUAUUAUAUAGAAUAGAGUCAUGUUGACCUUUAUCAAGGAUGUGGUAAAAGUGCCUCUUUCCUCUAAUCUCUUUCAGUUUCUGUGAAGCAGGGCAAUAACCAAUGCUAUUUCUGAAUGGUCUAAAUAUACCACUGCAGUUUUGAAUCAUGGACCUCAAAGCUUUAAAAAGGCCUGAACAACAUCAUGAAUUCACUCAUUUUUACCCUGAGAGUUAUUGCUGACAGUCAGCACCAUGAACACUGGAGAAGUCAUUUAUACCGUGUUGGAAGUCCUCAUCGCCGUCUGCUGCUGUCUGGGAAACAUGUUGGUUGUUUUUGCUUUGUGGAAAACUAAAGGCAUCCAACAACCCACCUUCUGCCUUAUUGUAUCUCUGGCUGUGGCUGACUUUCUGGUGGGAUUUGUUGCCAUACCAAUGGCUGUGCUGGUGGAUGGAGUUCUGGAGAUUUCUUUCCACACAUGCCUCUUCAUCAGCUGUGUACUCAUCCUCCUGACAUUAGUUUCAAUCCUGUGUCUGAUGGCUAUUGCUAUUGAUCGUUUCCUGCGGGUUUAUAUCCCUCUGAGAUACAAACGGACUGUAACCUGGAAACAUUCCUAUUCUGUGGCAGCUGUAUGCUGGCUUGUUGCAAUACCACUGAGUUUUACUCCAAUGUUUGGAUGGCAUAAAGACCCUCCUGACUCUGUUAAUUCUACAGUUGUUUGCCGGUUCAUAGGAGUGAUUCCCAUGUCCUACUUGGUUUACUUUACUUUUUUUCUCUGCAACCUGACGCCUCUGUUAGUGAUGAUUGUUUUGUACAGCUAUAUAUUCUGUUUCAUUCAUGGAAGACUGAAAGAAAAACCAGGUAACGGUGCUCAAAAUCAGUCACACACAUAUCUGCGGAAAGAAAAACAGCUUGCAUCGUCUCUGUCUCUGGUCUUGACUCUUUUUGUAGUCUGCUGGCUCCCUAUUCACAUUAUGAACAUCGUCGUUUACUUUCAUGGACCAGAUACUGUACCAUACAUAGCUUUCUAUGUUGGCAUUCUGCUUUCACAUGCUAAUUCAGCUGUCAACCCUGUAGUGUAUGCAUUUAAAAUAAAAAAGAUCAAGACAGCUUAUGUGAAGAUUUGGAGACAGUUUGUUCUGCGUUCAGCAGAAAAUCAAGGCCCUCCGUCGAGCCAGACAACAGAAAACGCCAGCAGUAACAUGAGAAGUGGUGAAAACGACACAACGCUGUUCUAACUUUUUCAGUCUUUCUUUGUGAUGCAUGUCACUGAAAUAUGGAUUUUAUGUCAAGACUUGAAAGAGCUGUAUAUGUUGCAUAGAAUCGUUGUUUAAUAAUGAACUGCAGCUUUUGUUGUUGCUUUAUGUUUUCAUUUUCUUCAUUUUGUGCAUUGUGCAUCUUUGCUAAGUUGUGUAAAUAGCUUGGUGGUUUUUCUCGUAGUUCUGACUAUUUCCAAUUUAUUUGAAACAGGACAAGGAAACAAUGUCAGAUUUCAAUAGUCAUUGCUAUUUUUUACAGCAAGGCUGAUAAAUCAACCUAUGAUGGUAUUAAUUUCUUCCUAAUUGUCAUGUUUUCUUAAAAUGUUUGUUUUUCAAAAGGAACUACUGUUUGUUUGUCUUUCUUUCUGACAGUGUAUUUGCAUCAACAGUAUGGAAAUUAUGUUGGGAUUUGUUUUUUGUAGAAAGGGGUGAACGACUUUCAGUGAUACUUUCACUGAUUCAUUUAUACAGUGAGUGGAGAGACAGCAGGAUUUGUAACACAUGCUGGACUUUUCUGAAAAGCAAUAUAAAAUUUAUAAUCUUCAGAAGAUAGAAGGAUCUAACGAGACUCUGAGGUGUGUGUUAUAAUACAUGCAGGAAUUUGCAUAAUUAUACACUUGUUAAUUUAGCUACAGAUAUGACGCUUAGCCUUUUUGGACGAAGUGAGAAUAUAUUUGCAAAUCACAACACAACUACCGAUGGAAAUAAUUGGCAAGAUUGAUUCCAGAUAGCACUACAGAUACAGACUAAAGGUGUAAGAGGAACAGUCAAAGUUAACCACUUGUUUUGCAUUCUGUAGUUAUCAUUUAUCAAGCGAACACACAAUUAAUAGUACCUGUACAAAAUACUGGAACUAUUGACUGUUCCAGAAUAUUGAAUGUUCAUUGAUUUUAAACAUUCAAUGUUCAAAAUCAAUGCAACAAGUGUGUAUGGAAGUCUAAACCUCAGGUUCUGACACAAGCAGGGGUCCAGAUCAUAGCAUCAUGUUACAUGAGCUGUAAUUUUGAUCUUGUCUAUGGAAGUUUUAAAACUUCCUCUCAGCUUCCCUGUCGAUACUCAACUCAAAUGAACUCAAUUCAACAAUACUUUAUUAAGCCCAAAAUUAAAUAUUGUUUUAACCCAUAGCGUAGUCUUUUUUGUUUUGUUUUUUUCAGACUUGUCAUUGAUGCUAAUGGUUUUGGGCAG